AUGGGCAUCCACAAGAAAGAAAAGUCCCGCCAGCCGGCCGGCAAGGGUGCCAGCGCAUCGCUCUCCAAUGUCACCCACGUUAAGGGAGUCAACUUUUACCGCGAUGCCAAGAAGGUCCGCCAGGUCAAUAUGCUUAAGGGCGGCAAGGCCGUCCGCAAUGCCGAUGGCGAGGUUGUCAAGGAAGCUAUCUUUCAGAACAAGCUUCCCUCGGGAACGAUGGCCCGGGUGCAGCCCAAUCGACGAUGGUUUGAGAACACCCGAGUUAUCGGCCAGAAGCAGCUCGAGGCGUUCCGUGACGCCAUGUCGACUCGGGCCAACGAUCCUUAUACCGUCCUCUUGCGCCAGAACAAGCUGCCGAUGAGCUUGCUCGUGGAUCCAAAUGCGGCCUCGCGCAUGCACAUUCUCGAGACCGACAAAUUCAGCAACACUUUUGGGCCCAAGGCGCAGCGGAAGAGACCAAAGCUGGCAUCCAGCACCUUGGAUGAGAUGGUCGAGAAUGUCAGCAGCUUGCAAGAAAACUACUCAGAAGAGAAAGAUGGCCGUCUCCUUGCCAAUAUGGUCGACGAUGGCCAGUCGGAAGGACAGCGCAAUCCAGCCCUCAGCAAGGGCCAGUCGAAGCGCAUCUGGAAUGAAUUGAUCGCCUGCAGCUCUGUCAUCGAUUCAUCCGACGUUGUCGUCCAUGUGCUCGACGCACGCGAUCCCCUUGGCACUCGCUGCAAAAAUGUCGAGAUGUACAUCAAGAAGGAGGCCAAUCACAAACACAUCAUCUUUCUGCUGAACAAAUGUGAUCUCGUGCCAACUUGGGUGACGGCUCGAUGGGUCAAGAUCCUCUCGCGAGAACGGCCCACGAUUGCAUUCCACGCCAGCAUCAACCACUCCUUUGGCAAGGGCUCCUUGAUUCAGCUGCUUCGCCAAUUUACCGUCCUGCACUCGGAUAAAAAGCAGAUUUCGGUGGGCUUUGUUGGAUACCCAAACACGGGCAAGAGCUCCAUCAUCAACACGAUUCGAAGCAAGAAGGUGUGCAACGUAGCGCCAAUCCCCGGAGAAACCAAGGUCUGGCAAUACAUUACCCUGACAAAGAAGAUAUAUCUGAUCGACUGCCCUGGAAUCGUCUAUCCCGAUCCCAAUGACACCGAGGACGACAUUGUGCUCAGGGGUGUUGUGCGUGUGGAAAACAUUGAGCAACCCGAAGAUCACAUCCCCGCCUUGAUGGCGCGUGUCAAGCCCGAGUACCUGAAGGCCACAUACGGCGUCGCGUCUUGGGAGGACCAUAUUGAUUUUCUGGGCCAGAUCGCCAAAAAAUCUGGUCGCUUGCUGAAAGGAGCAGAGCCCGAUGUCGGAACGGUGUCGAAAAUGAUUCUCAACGACUGGUUGCGCGGCAAAAUCCCGUACUACACUGCUCCGCCCCUGGAUGAGGGCAUGUCCGAGGAGAAUCCAAAGAAUCUGAAGGUAGGCCUCACGCUGUUUUUGUUCAUCUGUCACGACUCCCAGUCCGCCGAGCCUACUGCAGCCGGAGUACAGCAGCUUUUCAGCAAGAUUCCUGUUUCUGCGGCCUUCACCGUCGAAGACAUGUCUGGCAACGGUGCCAAGGACGAGCUUGUUGCUGAAGAGCGCUUGAUCAUCCAGCGAAGCAAGGAAGAAGGUGUUGAGAUCGAAGGCGCCGACGAACACAAAGAUGAUGGUGGUGAAGAGGACAAAGACGAAGAUGAAGAGGACGAAGACGAAGACGAAGACGAAGAUGAAGAUGAAGAUGGCGACCAAGAGGAAGAAAUCAACUGGGAUGACCUUGUUGAUGAGCAGGAUGUGCCCGCGCGCCCGAAGCAGUCUCGUCCGCAGCUGCAGGCGGAAGCCGCUCCGCCAACCAAGCCGGCCACAGCCACAGCCACAUCCUACGGCGACUCGGAUGACGAGUCCAAAAAGAAGACCAAGGAGCCUCGCAUGACUACCAACAAGGGCCGAAGUCGCGGAACCAACUUUUAUGAGCGCACCAAUGUCAAGAACAAGAACCGCAGCAAGAGGGCCCAGGUCGAGGCUCCCGAGAGACUUAUCAAGAAGAUGAGAGCCCCCGGUCUCAAGCGGCUGGGCUGA